ACACUCACACAUUGAUAACAUUCUGUGGUAAUUUUUCGCGGCAUCAAGCGUCGGUGAACUUAUUUUGUAUUCAAUUAUAUUAAUCAAGUUUAAUAUUCUACUAUUUUAUGUGUUAACAUUAAUGCUUAGAAAAAAAGCCGCCAAAAAUAAGUUAAACAGGAUAGUUUGUCCGAAGGUUGUAGAAAAUUUCUACAUUACUCUAUUUAAUUCGCCUACUUUGGUUUUAUUUUUACUAUUCUCAUGUUGACAUUUAUUUGCAAUUGAAAAUUUACAUCGAAAUUUUUAUCGACGAUUUUGUUGAAUGAAAUUACGUCAGUGUCCUAAUUUAAAUUCUAAAUGACUUGUAACCGCCGACAAUGGACGAAUCAGAGGAUAAUUUGAGUGCUGAGGAUAUAAAAUAUGUUGACAGUACAAGUUUUGUUAAAAACAAAUCUAAAAAGAAGUCACUUGUUGAGAGAGAAUUGGAAACAAGUUUGACAGCCAGAGUGACUUCUCCUAUAACAAAUUGGGAGAGUAGUACCAGCCGCUAUGGGAGAGCUCGUAGGCUUAAAUCGGAGAUAGACUCCAGUGAUUCAGAGAGAUCAGUUACAAAAAGUAUAAAAUCACCGAAGAUUGACAGAUCACCAGUUCAAAUACAAUCACCUGUAUAUAAAAUGCAUGCAUCAAAUUCACCAAUAAGUAUGGAAAGUUUAAAGCAAACAGAAAAUAAACUUGAAACACAAAUUGAGAAUAUUUACAAUGAAAAUAUAUCAUUAAGUCGUUUUGGUACAGAUGAGAAAAAAAUUCUAUCACCCGCUAAAAAGUUUCCUAAAGUAUACAUAAGACAGGAUUUGAUUCAAAGUAAGGAGAAGGAUAAAGAGGAGACAAUAACAUUAAUAAAAACACUUUUUUCCCCUGUUAAAAUAAAUAAACCAUCAACACAUAUAGGUGUUUUAGAAAGGUCUUCAGAGAAAUAUAGCUUAGGUACAAAACACCUUGAUACAUCAUCUGUGGUAAAAACAUUAGAUUUUGAUGCCAAGAAAAAGAAAAAAGAAAUCAUAGAUAAUAAAAUGACUUUAUCAAAGAGUGAGAUAUUUGACAUGGAGGCUAAAUGUGAAUAUCAAGUGGGAGAUUUGGCAUGGGCUAGAAUGGGCACAUAUCCAUUCUGGCCUUGCAUUAUCACUAGAGAUCCUGGCAGUGGGACAUUUGUAAAGAAAAAAUUAUUGGGACGAUCUGAACGUGAUAUCUUGCAUGUCACAUUCCUGGGUGACAAUGGUCGACGUGGAUGGAUAAUGCACAACAUGCUACGGAAGUUUUUAGGACAACUAGAGUUUGAAACUGCUAGAGAAAACUUUACAUCAGAGGAAAAGAAACGGGAUCCAAGGUUGUAUGCAGCCUUCUUUAUAUCAGAGAAGAAACAAUCUCAAUGGGCAAUAUCAGUUGAAGAAGGGGAAACUUUACUACGUGAACCAAAAAGGCUAAGAAUAGAUUUAUUACGUGAUAUGCUAGGAAAUGUCAAGUCUAAAACAGCAAAAAUAGAAAAAAGGAUAACAAGAACUAACAGUGAUGUUUCAUUAAGUGAGAGCUUAUAUGAUACUUUAUUUUCUGAAGAUGAUACAAAAACGAAUGAUAAUGAACGUUCUAAAAGCAAAACAAGAAAUAAAUCUUUAGAUGUAUCAGAAGUUGUGACAGCUUGUUUAGAUAAUAUGGCUGCAAAAACUGGUAUAACUAAAAUACAAAAACAAUCACAUAUGGAUAGAUGGUUACAAAAAGCUAAAUCAAAAACGCCAGAGAAAUCUUAUCAUAAAUCGCAAAGUAAAACAGACAAAGAUAGCAAAUCUAAUAGCAAACAAAAAACCAAUGAACACUGUCCAAGAAGAUCUCUCAGUCUUAGAAGAUCUUUAAAAGAAUCUCAUGAUAUAAUUGAAGUUAAAUUAUUAUCACAUCAAAAUGAACAUGAUUAUAGUAAAAAGAUUUGUGAAGAAUUUACUAACCCUGUUAAUGAUAAAGGAAACAAUAUAAAAAAAGAAGCAAAUGAACACCAAGGAAUCGCAUUAAAUGAAUCCCAAAAUGUAACAUUAUCAGAAAAUAUUACUGAUUCAAUAAAAAAUCAAGACGAUUUUGAGGAUAAUUUAGUAAAAAAUCAAUUAAUUCAAUCGGAAAACGAUUCGAUUCCAACUAGACUAAAUGACUUUGAAUUAACGCAAAUAGAUUUAAAUGGUGAAGUACAAGAUAAAAAAAUAAAUAAGGAAACAUUGCCAGAAUGCAUAGAUAAAGUUUUUUUUAAUGGAUGUGAAGAUGUCACAUGUGUUUUAGAAAAUAAAGAAUCUGUAGAUAUAGAAAAUAAUGAUAAUAAAAUAAUAGAAUCGGAGUCUAAUUUUGAAGACGAACGUAUUGUUAGUGUAUCUAAUAUAGAAAAUAUACAAAGUAACGGAAGUAUAGAAAUUGAUGAAUUUGAGAAAAAUCAUGUUGAAAUAAAGAAAAUAGACAGUGAUAAGUCAAAGAGUGUAUUUAAUAAAAAUCUAUGUGAUUCCAAUGAAAGAGAUUCAAAAGUUAUGCAUUUAACAAAAAAUCGUGAACAUUUUGAAGAUUUAACGAAAUCACAUAAUGAUUUAUCAAACGAAAAAAUAAGUGAAUUCGUUAAUACAGAAAUGGAUGGAGAAAAUUUAAAUAAGCCAGAGAAAUGUAAAAAUCUAGACCACUUUCAGGCAGAGAAUGAUAGAUCUAUAAAUAUGCCAGAUAAGAAUUUAUGUAAUAUCAAUGACAUAGAAAUGAAUGAAGAAAUUAUAGCUGUGCCAGAUAAUAGUGAAAAUCAUGAUUUAAUUCAGACAGAGAUUGAGAAAUCAAAAAGUGUAGUAGACGAGAAUUUAUACGAAUCAAAUGACAUAGAAAUGUUAGAGAAUUGUGAAAAUCAAGAUUUUAAUACAAUCAGUACUUGUACAACUGUUUGCGAAUCAAUAGAAUUGACCAAAACAAAGAGAUUAAGAGAUUUUAAGAAUAAACAGACAUCAGAAUCACAAGAAAGUGAGGAAUUUAGUGAAAGCAAAUCUUUAAAAGAUGAACAAACAGAAAAUCAAGUUUCACUAGAGAAUAUUGAUAAAUUCAAUAAUGUUAAUGUGAAAUCAAUUAAACGUAAUGAUAGUGAUGUCCCAAAUUCUUUUUCAAGUGGCUACUCUAGUUCGAUUCCUGACGAAAAUGACGAUGAAAAUGUACAUAUUUAUGUUAAGGAAAUUUCUUCAAAUGUAAAUGAAAAUGGUGAAAACGAUUCUACCUUGACUGAAGAAAAAAUGUCAAACUGUAAAAUGACAAAUUUACCUGAAGUUGUAAGAGAGAUUGACGUUUUAAAUGAAGUAAAUAAUAUAACUGAAAGUAAAGAAGUUGGUGAACUACACAAUGUUUGUGAAGAUACAGAACUUAAUGUGAAUGACAAUUCAGAUCAAAAACAUACUAAAGAAGAAAAUAAUGCCAUAGAAGUUUUUAGUAAAGAAACAAGCAAUUCGGAAAAUCGGUCAUCCAAAAGUUCUAAUUCAGACGUAGUAUCAAUAAAUUCUGAAAAUGCAGAAGACUCAAGUUCAAAUACUCCUUAUUCUGAGUUGGAUAAAGAUACGAAAACAGAAGAGAACGAACCAAAUAUAGAAGAAUCACAAAAAAACAAUUGGAAAGUAAAAAAGGUUAUUGACAGUAAUAAAACAUUAAGAAUGACAUUAGACAGGACUGAAAAGAAAACGACUAAAUCAUCCAAAAAUGAACUAGAUGAUCCUGAAUUUUUGAAAUACUUAGAAUUUAGACAGGACGCAUUAAUAGAUGAACAUCCUGAACUAACACAAGACGAAAUAACACAAUAUUUGUACAAAACUUGGCAAUAUGAGGAAAAUUCUAAAUCCGAAAGUAAAAAAACAGACGAAAUGGAACAAGCAAAUUUAGUUAAAGGCCUUCAAAAAGAUAAAUCACAGCCAAAGAAAGUGAAAAAGAAAGUCAAAGUAGAUAAGGAAACGAAUGACGAGGAUUUUGUACCUAAAUCUAAAUCAAAACGAAGAAUUGCAAGACCAUAUUAUAACGAAGAUUAUAAUGAUGAUUCAGAUUUAGACAUGGAAGAUGAAAUACAAUUAUUUGAGAUUUUCAAAUCUAAGGGAAACAGAGAUUUUAAAGACAAAAACCUUGAAAAUACAACUUCACUUGAUCCAAACGGAAGUAUAGAAGAAUCUCGUGACGACGCAAACUUUUUAAACGACGAUGACUUUGAUCAAGUCGAAGAGUAUUUCAAACAACUUACUGAACCAAAGCCUAAUAUAUUUAAAGGUCUUUUAAGAGAAAAAGUUUGUGAAAUUUGCGAGAAAUCUGGAAAUCUAGUUAAAUGUAAGGGAUGUCAUUGUAUGUUCCAUGUUGCAUGUACUAAGAAAGAAGCCGAAGUUAUUGAUAAACAGCUACCUACUAGAGGUAGAAAGAAGAAGAAGAGAAACAGAGGUAGAAAGCAGAAAGGUUUAGAUGAUUCUAACGGCUUAGACGGAGAUAGUCAGAGUGAUGAGAAGUCCCACGAAUUGAAUUCCGAAGAAAGUUUAUCAAUAGAAGAUCUAGAAUCUCAUAUAAUCGUAGACGCAAAUAACUUCGAAACGCAAUUAAGUGAUAAAAUGAAAGAAAUGUUCAACACACAAAACGAAUAUUACUCAGAUUCAAGUGAAAACGAACUCGAUUGGAGCGACAUAGAAGUAGGGAAGUGUAAAAUAAUCGAUAUCAAAUUGCCUACUAAAAAUCGGAAUUCAGAUAUCGAUUAUUCGGAUUUCAAAUGCAAUAAUUGCUUACAAUACGACAAACCUAUUUGUUUCGUGUGUAGGGCUGACACUUCACCGAAAGAGGGUGUUAAAUUUAGACAGAGGUGUCAAUUGGCGCAUUGUAAUAGACACUAUCAUUUGGAGUGUUUGGAACAUUGGCCGCAAACACAGUAUCAUUCUGGGGAAGUGCUUAGAAAUAAUAAAAAUAUUAAAGGGUUUUUCGAGCCUGUUGUUUGUCCCCGACAUGUGUGUCAUACGUGUGUGAGUGAUGACCCUAGAGGUUGUAAAACAAGAUUCAGUGGCGAUAAACUAGCGCGUUGUGUAAGAUGUCCAGCGACAUACCAUUCCUUCACGAAAUGUCUUCCAGCUGGUACUCAAAUAUUGUCAGCGUCACAUAUUAUCUGUCCACGACAUUAUGAGAACAGGCCGGGUAAAGUACCAUGUCAUGUGAAUACCGGUUGGUGUUUCAUCUGUGCGUUGGGAGGUUCCCUGAUCUGCUGCGAGUACUGUCCUACAUCCUUUCAUGCUGAGUGCCUUAAUAUCAAACCACCUGAAGGUGGCUACAUGUGUGAGGACUGUGAGACAGGUUGUUUACCCUUGUAUGGAGAAAUGGUGUGGGUCAAACUGGGACAUUAUAGAUGGUGGCCAGGAAUAAUACUGCACCCUUCAGAGAUUCCCCCCAACAUCCUAGCGGUGAAACAUUCCCCCGGGGAGUUUGUGGUUCGCUUCUUUGGCCAGUAUGACCACUACUGGGUCAACAGGGGACGAGUUUUCCCCUUCCAAGAAGGUGACACGGGAAAAGUAUCAAAUCAGAAGUCCAAAAUUGACGCGGCUUUCAAUAUGGCGAUGGAGCACGCGCAGAGAGCCUGCGAAAUAUUGAAAAAUGUGUCCCCGAGCGAGGAGGAGCCGCCGGAGUUCGUGUCGUCCCUGCUGCCGCCGCACUACGUGAAGCUGCGCGUCAACAAGCCGUGCGGCGCGCUCUCCGCCAGGAAGCCGGAGCUGCAGGAGAGCUCCCUCACGCAGUGCGAGUGUAACCCCGACGUGGAGGACCCCUGCGGACCCUAUUCACAGUGCCUUAAUAGGAUGUUAUUAACAGAAUGCGGUCCGUCGUGUCGUGCGGGAGAGCGCUGCAACAACCGCGCCUUUGAGAAACGUUUGUACCCCAAAUUAGUGCCUUACAGGACACCCCAGAGGGGGUGGGGCUUGAAGACAUUAGAGGAUAUUAAAGCAGGUCAAUUCGUAAUAGAAUACGUAGGAGAAUUGAUAGACGAAGAAGAGUUUAAGAGAAGAAUGCAGAGAAAAUAUGAGAUACGAGACGAGAAUUAUUAUUUCCUAACUCUGGAUAAAGAGAGAAUGAUAGAUGCUGGACCUAAAGGGAAUUUGGCGAGGUUCAUGAACCACUGUUGCGAGCCGAACUGCGAGAACGUCAGAGUGGGGCUGUUCGCCAUCGCAGACAUACCCGCAAACAGUGAAGUGACGUUCAAUUAUAACUUACAAUGCGCGGGAAUUGAGAAGAAACAAUGUCUCUGUGGUGCUAAGAGAUGUUCAGGAUAUAUCGGAGCUAAACCUAAACAGAGCGAGCAGCCUAAAAAGAAAAAAGACGGAACGAAACGGACAUAUAAAAAGAGGAAAGCAAUAGAAUAUUUACCAACAGUUCGACCGAAGCCUGUCAAAAGACAGACAUCUCGCUCUAACCCAAAGGAACUGACAGAGAUAGAGAAAGAUUUACUUAUAAUAAAGCUGGCUACAAACGGAAUGUCAAGUGACUCCGAUUGCAGUAGAAUGAGUGUGGAUAGUGCGAAAGAGAUGAAAGCUAUGAAACGAAAGAGAGAUAAGAUAUCUAGUGAAGAACUUUAUAAUGGAAUUACUACGAAUAAGAGAUUUAAAGAAGAUGAUUGAAUUAAGUAUGGGUUAAAAUUAUCGGAUUCCAAAGAAAAUGUGAAAUUAUGGUAAAUUUGAACCAUCAGUUAGAAUUUGUGGUCAAAAUAUGGGUUACAUCGAAAUAUUUUACCAUAUUCAAGUGUGAAACGAUUUUUGGUACAAAAGUGAAUACGGCAUCGCAACGGCCGUAUACUGAAACGAAUUAACUACAAAUUCUAUUAACAUUUUCACGUCUGUCAGAUUGUAAAGCAUUACAAAGCGAAGUGUUAAAAAUCGCUAUCAAAAUUCGACCGUUACUAGAAUUAAAUUGACUAGUUUUGUUUAAAUUACUAUAGCUUGAAAUUAUCUGAUUCCUGUGGG